AUGUGGCCUUCUGUACCAGCUUCCAGGAGCUUUGCCAAUAUAGCAUGUCCUUGUGGUGAGAAAUGCGAGUUACCUCAUUGCAUCUUUAGUCACAACACACCACAGCCAUCUACAGCGCGGCGGUCUCCAGUGCCAGUUGCAGCAACACAUGAUUCAGAGCCGAUCGCGAAGAGGCUGAAGCUCGACGACAGCACCAAGGCACCCACUGUGCAGGUCGCUCCAGCACAAGCUCAGACCAAUGUCGACGUCGUUGCCAACUCAGACACACUCAAGACCAAGGCACCGACGACGAAAAUUGUGCCCAAAGCUACAAAUACCGCACCACCUAAAGCACCCGCUCCCCUUCCAGUAUCUGCCACGCGACCAGUAUCGCCACCGCUGGCUGCCGCUGCACCCAAGGUUGUCGCCAAGCCAGAUGUUCCUGUUGCGUUGAUGCCACGAAAACUUAACAAGGAACCGGCGACCUUCACCAAGAGGGUUACUUUGCUCAAAGCGCUGCACGCCUACAUGAAGCCGCAAAACGACAAGCUUCUCAAAGCAGUCAAACCUGAGGUCAAAGCACUGCACCUAUCGCCAAAUCAACUCAACAAACUGGCGGAAAGAAUCGCUACAUCAAAUGGCUCAGUGUAUGAGAACAUACUUAAACAACGGCUGGUCAAGCUGAAGACCAUGCCAGCGGAAGAAUGGGUUAAGGAACGACGCGAAGCUAUAGCCAAGGAGAGUGGAGAGCUACCAAAGAAAGCACCACCCAAGAAGGUCGAUACCGGCCUUACACCGAAAGAAGAAGUCACGUUCCUCCCUAGACUUGUGUGCCCUCAGGAUGGAUUGGAUAAGCAUGGCUAUGUCACUAAGUUACCUACUGACGCCGACCUCAACGAGACGAGGUUGGCGCUUGAAGCAGCUGGCGGCUGGGAACAAUGUGACCGCUGCAAUACUCGUUUCCAAGUCUUUCCAGAGCGGCGGGAAGAAGAUGGAGUACUUACCACAGGAGGACAGUGCAAACAUCAUUGGGGCAGGCGAAUCUUUGCUAGGAAAUCAAGAGGCGUCGCAGCAGAACCUACAAAGUUCAGUUGUUGCAAUGGAGAGGUAGGAUCGGAGGGCUGCACUACACACAAAACGCAUGUGUACAACGUCAAGGAUCCAAACCGUCUGUCGCUCAUAAUGCCAUUUAUCGAAACACCGGAGAACGACAAAGUCCCGAAGGAUACCGCUGUGUGCUUCGACUGCGAAAUGGGCUAUACCACUAACGGCCUUGAGAUGCUUCGUCUCACAGUCAUAACGUGGCCACAACACAAGCCUCUUGUUGACGUGCUGGUGCGGCCCCUUGGACACGUGCUGGACUUCAACACCCGUUUCUCUGGCAUAACCGCAGAUCAGUUCCUAAACGCGAAACCGUACGAUCCGGCAAACCCAAAGCCUGUUCGCAAAGAUCUUCGCAUUGUUGACUCACCCCAUGCAGCAAGAGACCUAUUUCUUUCUCACGUCUCUCCCACCACCCCGGUUCUUGGCCAUGCUCUCGAAAACGACCUCAACACUAUCCGUCUCAUCCACCCAACCAUCAUCGACACGGUGCUCCUCUACCCGAACCCCAGUGGCCUACCCUUUCGUUUUGGUCUACGCAAGCUAGCUUCAGAUUAUCUUGGUGAGCAAAUCCAGCAAGGAGGUGCCGCUGGCCACGACAGCUACGAAGAUGCGCGAACUACAGGCGAGCUGGUUAGAUGCAAGAUCAAGGAGAGGUGGAGGCUUCUGAAGAUUGAUGGAUGGCAGAUUAGAGAGGACGGUGUGUAUCCGCCUAUGCCUACGGAGAAACCGCCAGAGCAGGUUCCGACCGCGCCGUCGAUGGUUCCAGAAGCGAAGAUGGCGGUUCUUGAAGGAAAUCCAGCACCCAAGAGGAAGUUUGAGAACGAUGGCGAUGAGGAGGAGGGUGAUGACGAAGAAUUUCCAGCGAAGAAGCAAUAG